AUGCCCGUUGUUGCAGCUCCUCCCGCAGGGGGCCCUGUUGGUCCCUCGACCUUCGACAAGAUGAAAAUGGGUGCUAUGAUGGGAUCCACUGUCGGUGGAAUCAUGGGCUUCAUCAUUGGAACGGUGACCAUCUUCCAGUACGGCGCAGGCCCCAACGGUGUUAUGCGUACUCUGGGCAAGUACAUGCUGGGCUCUGGCGCCACUUUCGGCCUCUUCAUGUCCAUCGGCAGCGUUAUCCGUACCGAAGGACCCCACAACGAUGCCUGGCUCCGUGCUCGUGGCCCCCCUAUGAUGCUCCCUCGCCAGAGCCCUCUGCGCCAGAUGCGCCAAUAA